AUGCUAUCCACGGACUUGUGGAGUCCGCAUGUGAAGAACAAAAUGUCCAAGCGAGAAUUCAUCCGAAAUACACGGCACGUCACUCGUACGGUGCGGGACGAUUUCCUGGGACAUUUGUAUGACAACGUGUACAUGGUCGGUCAUGUUGUACUCAGCGAUUUGCCUGGACCGCCUACUCGUCAUCCGGCAAUCAGAACCAUUUUGGUUUGA